AUGACCCACUCUGCCUUCACCAUCAUCCUUUCGAACGUGCCGCCAUCGUUGGAGGUUUGGCGAUACCGGACUGGGGUCGGGGCCGCCGUGGCCGUCGCGGAGUACCGUUUCCAAUUCAUAAUGGCGUCUUCAACAGGCCUCGUUUCGGACCCCACAUGCACAGACCCCGAGGACUUGUCCCGUUUCGAGGGGGUGCCCCUUUUAGGCAGAACUUCAUGGGAAACGGGCGGUACUGGGAUUGCGGAUGCGAGUGGUGCGAUCUUUGGACUUGGGCCUAUCCAAACUUUAAGUUCGAUCCACUCUGGCCAGACCUCGCACAAACGUGGCACUCGGUUCAUGAAGACUUUAUGA